AUGGCUCUCGCACAGCCAAAAGUAAAUCAGUUAAUGCAACGACAUGAAAUGAAGAGGAGGAUGGAAGAGUUGAGAUAUCAAGAAGAACUAAUGGAAGCUCAAAUGGAAGAAGAACAAGCAAAGGUUAGCUUUAAUAUUUACACUGAAUUAGCUAAUGAACAUAUUGGAGAGUAUGACAAUAAUAUGCCAGGUUUUAAUGGUAAUGAAAUACAAGGGGAAUCUGAUUUGAGCCCUCUGACCGAGACCAAUGCUUAUGAAUGGGAAAGUGAAUUUUAUACUCGCUACCCCCCUGACCUUCCUUCAAUUCAAGAGUUGUCGAGAACAACACAACAUUUGGAACAGCAUGAAGUAUAUAGACCGAUAGUAUUGGAGGCCGGAAGUGUAGACUGGGACUAUGCAACACUCACAAUGGUGAGACACCCAGUCGUGAAUUACCCCAUCUUAAGUCAUGCAGUAAUGGAGCACACAAGUUAUCCUAGUGCUUUCAUCCCUCAAACAAGUAAGUCGUUUAAUUACCCUGGAAAUCAUAGACCGCAGCUAGAUACCAGAUUACCCUCAGAGCGAUAAGUAUAUAUGGGGAAUAAUAGAAACUGUGGUAAGCUAGAUGCAUGUCACCCAGUAGCAAGAUUACAAGAAGAAUUGCAACUAAGUUGCCACGGCAACCACCUGAAAGAGAGCUUGAGGUGCCAAUAGCCCCCAGGAGAGACAAUGGGGAGGAGAUGGUUCGAGCGUUGCGACAAGUUGUGUCAACUCCAAGAAUUAAAUACAUGAGUUUUGAUGGCGACCCUAUGAACUAUGUAUAAUUUAUUCAUAACUUUGAAACUUGUCUUGAGAAAGACAAUCCCGAUAAUGCCACAAGACUGCAACUAUUAAUUCAACAUUGUAAUGGAAAGGCCCGAGAAGCAAUAGAGUCGUGUGUGAACCUGCCUGCUGAACAAGGUUAUGUUACAGCAAAGAAUACCUUAAAGGAGAACUUUGGGAAACCCCAUAUAAUUGCCAAAGCACAUAUUAAGAAAUUCGAGAACCUACCUGCCCUGAAACAAGCUGAUGGACCAAUUUUUGUUGGAAUUUGCAAGGAAUUUAGAGAUUGCGAACAGAACCCUAACCAGCAUGGGACCAGAGUACGAGAGCGAAUUGAGUCAUGUGAACACUUUACGUGAGUUGAAUAGGAAACUUCCGUUAUCUAUGAGAGUUAAGUGGACGGAGCGUGCUGGAACAAUAAUUGAAUCGGGUUCUAGACCAAAUUUCGAAGACUUUUUAAAGUUUGUGAAGGGGAGAGCUAGACUUGUGAACAAUGAAUUUGCUGAAGAUCUUUCUGUUAAUACGUCAAAAAUAAGAGGAAAGGGACAAGGAGUAGGUGGGCGCUUUGUGCAGAGAUCGUCUACAUUAACUGCUGGUGCAUAGCAAACCCAAGACGUGAACCGUGAAUGAAGUUCAGCUCGGCAAACAUGUUUGUUCUGUUCUGGGGUACAUAGGAUUUGGAAGUGUUUUGCAUAUAAAAAACUAUCUUAUGAAGACAAGAGGAAAUUUGUUCAAGAAAACCGCCUAUGUUUGAAAUGCCUUAGUAAAGGACAUUUUCUGCGAACAUGCCCAAGGGCACACUUUAGAUGUCAACAAGAAGGCUGAAAUAAAGAGCAUCAUACCUUGUUGCACCCUCCAGAAAUUACGUCUCAAAUGGAUCGUGACGGUAAAACUCUGAAUGAGGAGCAUGGUAAAAAAAUAAGGUUUGAAAAUGAGAAGGAUCGACAAGCGGAGUCCAAAGUAUCUGCGUCAACUGGGGCCGGCGAGCGAGUUUGCCUCAGUGUCGUGCCAGUGAAAGUGCAAAUCAAGGGACGAGAGCAUCUCUCAGUAGUAACAUAUGCUCUCUUGGACUGUGGAUCGGAAGUUACACUUAUUUAUCAGAAAUUGCAAAGGGAACUUGAAGCUCAUGGACGAAAGAUCGAUUUCACACUUUCGGGAAUAAAUGAGUCUAAACAAAUCGAUAGUGAACUCUUAGACAUUGUAGUCAUGUCUAUGGACGGGGAAACGUCAUUGGAAUUAUCAAAUGUACGGACAGUUGAGAAAAUGCCUAUCGCUGGAAGUUGCAUUGCCCGCAAGGAGGAUAUUAAGAGUUGGCCUCACUUGAAUGGUGUUCCAAUAACGGAAUUAAACGUGAAUGAAGUAACAUUGGUAAUUGGUUUACAGGAGAGACCCAGCAUAUUCUUGCCGCUUGAAUAUCGCAUUGGUAGAGAGAACGAUCCGGUGGCGAUAAGGUAUAGUCUUGGAUGGACUGUCGUUGGCCCGAUCGGCGAAGGUAGAGAGAACAAUUGCUACACUAUGAAUCUUGCUCGGACAGUUAGCAAUAUAAGGAGCCUUUUCACUAAGGUGGAUCAUCAAACCGAGCAGUGCGGAGUGAAAGAACCGGCAGAAUGUUCUACGGAGGCAGACUAUCAAUUUGAGAAUAGCAGCUCGGAGGAAGGCGUUCUGAUGUCGCAUUUGAAUGUACCGGCCAAAGAAUUGAAGUUUUCAACCGAGGAAAAGUCUAUGGAACAAGACUUGAAUUACCAGUUGGAAAAACUGUGGAAAACUGAUUUUGAAGAUUGUGUUGUUGGUACAAAUGUCUGUCCUUCGAUUGAAGAUAAAAGAGCUCUGACCGUGAUGGAGGAAUCGCAAGUUGACAAUCAUUACCAAGUCGCCCUACCAUGGCGACAUAAACCACCGUACUUACCCAACAAUAAGGAAAUGGCAGUGCGAAGAGGGAUGAUGUUAAAGAAACGUCUACUAAGAAAUGAAAGUCUUUUGGAGAAAUAUGCAGCAACGAUGAACGAUUAUCUCGAGAAAGGGUAUGCGGAGAAGAUUCCACAGGAGCAAUUACGACCGAGCAAUACACCCGCCUGGUAUCUUCCACAUCACCCGGUGGCACACCCUGCAAAGCCCGAGAAAGUCAGAAUAGUUUACGAUUGUGCAGCUACCUACAAGAAUACCUCUUUAAAUCAUCAGUUAUUACAAGGUCCGGAGCAGACAAAUCAGCUCGUCGGGGUGUUAAUUCGGUUUAGACAGGAGCAAGUGGGAUUGGUCUCGGACAUUGAAGCUAUGUUUCACCAGGUACUGGUGGAACCACAAGAUUGCGAUGCUCUUCGGUUUUUGUGGUGGCCGAACGCAGAUCUCUCAGGAGAACUUGAAGAAUUUAGAAUGGUUAGACACUUGUUCGGCGCAACAUCCUCGCCAAGUGUGGCGAAUUUCUGUCUGAGGAGAACGGCAGAUGAUCAUGGAAAGGAAUUUGAUCCAAGUGUAGUGGACACAAUAAAGCGCAACAUGUACGUGGAUGAUAUGAUGAAGUCAUUGAAACAACCUGACGAAGCUGUGACUUUGGUAAAGGAAAGUCGUGAAUUAUUGGCGAAGGGAGGAUUUCGUCUUACGAAGUGGUAUAGUAACAACAGAGCAGUAUUGGCAUCAAUUCCAGAAGGUGAAAGAGCUAAGUCAGUGGUCGAUCUUGACGUUGAAAAACUUCCAAUCGAAAGUGCACUUGGGUUGAAGUGGAAUACAGAAGAUGAUACCUUUGUAUGGGACGUUACAGAGAAGUUACCUCGCUUCUUGAACACAGAACCAGUGACUCGAAGAGCUUUAGUAUCAGCCGUAUACUCGUUGUUUGACCCGUUAGGAUUCAUCGCACUCUACGUGAUGAAGGCUAAGCUUUUGAUACAAAUGUUGUGCAGGAAAGGAGUCGGAUGGGACGAUCCUCUCGGAGAAGAUGAAUGUGCCCAGUGGAAACGUUGGCUGGACGAUCUUUCCAAGUUGAGUGAAAUACGCGUGAACCGAUGUUUUCAACCCGCUGACUUCGGUGAUAUCGUGGAGAUACAGUUACAUCUCUUUUCUGAUGCGUCGAGAGUCGGAUAUUCAGCAGUCGCAUUUCUUCGUCUUACUGACAAUAACAACGUAGUGUAUUGCGCAUUUGUUAUGGGGAAAGCUCGAUUGGCACCCAUUCGUGAGAUUUCUAUUCCUCGACUGGAAUUGACGGCUGCCGUGAUAUCAGUGAAGCUAUCGAAGAUUAUAAGAGAAGAGUUGGAUUUCGAAAUUGGAAGAAUUUUCUACUGGACAGACUCUACCUCAGUUUUAAAGUGCAUCAACAAUGAGAGCAAGAGGUUGUGCAAGAGGUUUUAGAGUCGAACCGUCUUACCAUUAUCCACAACGGGUCGGAAGUUAAUGAAUGGAGAUAUGUUAAUAGAAAAGAAAAUCCAGCUGAUGAUGGAUCAAAGGGUCUUAAGUUGGACAAUUUGAUAAAGAACAAUCGUUGGCUGCAAGGUCCUGAAUUUUUAUGGAAGAACGAAACCCAAUGGCCGCAGACGAAAGAGAUACCAACUAUGAAUGAAGACGAGCCAGAAGUUAGGAAAGAAGCUCGGAUCUACACAGCAACCACCAGCAUUCAUCCCUUGGAAAGGCUGAUUUCAUACUUUUCUAGUUGGUGGAAGUUGAGGCGUGCGGUAGCAUGGCUGUUGCGUUUGAGAGAACAUCUUCGGGCGAAGCUACAGCUAAAGAAAAUCGUCACAAACGAAAUGGAAUCACACAAAAAUAAAGAAGAAACAUUGCCAAGACAAUUAACCUUGGAUGAGCUAAAUGAAGCAGAGAAAGUAAUCCUGCAACGAGUGCAAAUAGUAGAGUUUCCAGAUGAACUGAAAACUGUUACAUCCCAAGCGAACCAGAAAGAAUCAAAGAAAUUACCAAAGAAGAAAGGAUCAGCCUUUCGCCAGUUAAAUCCAUUCGUGGAAGAAGGUCUUCUAAGAGUCGGAGGAAGAUUGACUGACGCUUGUAUAGAUAACAACUCGAAACAUCCGAUUAUUUUACCUUCCAAGCAUCGAGUAACCGACAUGAUUGUUCGCCAGCACCAUUACGAAGUAGGUCAUAUGGGACAAGAAUCAGUACUAUCUUCGAUCAGAAAGAAAUUUUGGAUUAUUAAAGGGAGAGCAGAGGUGAAACGAGUUAUAAAGUCGUGCGUGAAUUGCCAGCGAAGAAAGGCAAAACUGAGUGAACAGUUUAUGGCCAAUUUACCAGAAACUAGACUUACGCCGAACAAACCACCAUUUACGUACGUAGGCGUUGACUAUUUUGGCCCACUCCAAAGACGGUCGAAGGUGAAGAGAUAUGGAUGUAUCAUUACUUGUUUCACAACCCGUGCUGUGCAUAUUGAAAUAGCACAUUCACUAGAUACUGAUUCCAUGUUAAACGCGCUGAGAAGAUUCAUAAGUAUUCGUGGGUGUCCGGAGGAAAUAAGGAGUGACCGUGGAACUAAUUUCGUUAGCGCUAAUAAGGAAUUGUCAGAAUGCAUAGAGCAAUGGAACGAUGAGAGAAUCAGCAUGUUUUGCUUACAGAGAAGUAUUCAAUGGACCUUCAACCCUCCAUCAGCAAGCCAUAGGGGCGGAGUAUGGGAAAGAAUGAUAAGAUCAGUGAGACAGAUACUACGGGCAGUCCUCAGAGAACAACUAGUUACAGAUGAAGUGCUACUUACUGUGAUGGCGGAGGCGAUGAACAUUUUGAACUCUCGUCCUCUAACUAGAAAUAGCGAUAGCCCUUCGGAUUUUGAACCAUUGACGCCAAACCAUCUGCUGCAUUUGCGACCAAGUCCAAGUUUACCCCCUGGUGUAUUUAGCAAGGAGGAUUUGUACAGUAAGCGUGCAUGGAGACAGGCGCAAUACCUUGCAAACGUAUUUUGGCGACGGUGGACGAAGGAGUAUCUGCCGACAUUAAUGGAAAGAAGAAAAUGGAAUUCCCCAAAGGAAAAUCUGAAAGCUGGCGACGUAGUUUUACUUGCUGACGAAGCAUAUCCACGCGGACAGUGGCCGUUGGCAGUGGUUGUAGAGGCGGAAUUAAGUAAAGACGGAUACGUUCGAACAGUGAAGGUGAGAACAAGUUCAACCGUAGCGACAAGAUCGAAACGAAAACGAAAUGAGGAAUGUAAGACAAGUACCACGGUAUUGACGCGACCUGUAACUAAAUUGUGCGUGUUGGAAAUGGAUGGAGAAAUUAUUCCAGAGCAAACGGCGGAAAGAGUAUGA